AUGGAUGCCCCACGCUCCCUCCGAUGCCUCGUCGUCGCGUCACUCCUUUCUCUUGCCGUUGGUCAAGACACCAACAAGGGCGCUGAGCUCAACAGCUGUCUGACUGCUGCCGGUGUUCGCAGCAUCGUCGAAUCCGAUAGCACCUGGGCUACCGAGACUACCCAGUUCCAGAAGCGCCUCAAGCCCGACCCUGCUUGCAUUGCCUUCCCCGAGAACCGCGAUGAAGUCGCUCUCGCACUCGAGUGCGCCCGCAAGUCUUCCGUGAAGGCCAAUGCUCUUGGACCUGCGCACUCGUUCCAGGGCAAUGGCUUCGGUAACCCUGGAAACUUGGUCAUCAACAUGGCUGCUUUCGACGAUGUCAGCUACAACACCAAGAGCAAGCUUUUGACAUUUGGUGGUGGCACCCAUGUCGGUCCCGUCCUCAAGUAUCUCUGGGAUACUGCUGGCCGACACAUUCCCCACGUUCGUGGUGCCCACGUUGGUGUCACCGGCUCGAGCAUCGGAGGAGGUUACGGUAGUACUUCUCGCCAUCUUGGAACUCCCAUGGAUAGCAUCGUCGAGGUUGAGUACAUGCUGUACAACGGUACCAUUGUCAAGGCUGGUAAGGGAUCCGACCUGCUUUGGGCCGCUCAGGGUGCCGGAGCUUCCUACGGUAUCGUCUUGUCUAUGACGACCAAGACCUACAAGCCCCAGUUCCAAAAGGCCAUCAACUUCACCGUUGGUAUCGGAAGUGUCACUCCCGAAGCUGGUGCCAAGGCUCUCGUCGCCAUCCAGAACUUCGCCACCAGCAAGCACUGCCCAGAUGAACUCGCUCUCCGCUGGAGUCUGAGUGCUCCUCCCUAUACCGGCAGUGGAUACUUUUAUGGCAACCCCAACAAGUUUGACAACAUUGUCAGACCCCUUGUGAAGGAGCUCAAGGCUAUCAGCCCCGACUUUUCUCUCAACAAGACUGUUCUUCCCUGGUGGGAUCUCGAAGUCGCUGUUGCCGGCGCUGGCAUGAACUCGCCUACUGGAGGAAGCCUUGGUGGCCGAGCCUUCUAUACUCAGGCUCUGACCACCACCACGGACCACCCCUUGACUCUUGAGCAGGCCCAGCUUUUGUUUGAGAGCACCACCCUGUCCUUCAACCGAACCGACCUCCGAAAGUCCGGCUUCCUCGAUCUCUGGGGCGGCGUCUCCCGUAACAUCAAGGACAGCGACACUGCCUACGCCCACGGAAAGAACCUCUGGUUGAUCCGCUGGGAGGCCAACUCGGUCGACGUAAACAACUACCCCGACGACGGUCCCGCUUACAUGAAGGCUCUCAUCAAGCCCUUCGAGGACUCUCUGGUCAAGGGCGGAGCUGCUCUCCGCGGAUUCGUUAACUAUGCUGAUACUGAGCUUAACGAGGAGGAGUGGAGCUCGCGUCUGUAUGGCGCCAACUAUGAGCGUCUUAAGCAGAUCAAGGCUGCCGUUGAUCCUGAGGGACUGUUCACCAACCAUCAGCAAUCUAUUCCCUUGCCAUAG